AUGGCUGCCGACACGCACUCGAAACGACUGUGUCUCGGUGGCACCAUGGCUACGGUGGAGGUCAGUUUGCUGAGUGGCAGGUCGGUGCGUUUGGAGGCCAACCUGGCGGUGACUGUCGGUGCGUUCCGGGAUCGCUCCCGGCACGCGUUGGCAGCUGAGCGGGGUCGCCUUCUUUUUCAAGGCAGUUAUUUGAUGUCCGCACAUACACUGGCCGAAGCCGGCAUCAGCGAUGGCUCCCAGCUGCAACUGGUGGCUAUGCCAAUUGCACUGCAAUGUACCGACGAAGCCUUCGCUGCCAUCUUGGCCGACGGUUCCGUCGUGACUUUCGGCCGUGAUUAUUUUGGUGGGGACAGACCAGACGACACUUCAGCUCCAGGUUCGGCCGGCGGCAGGUACUUUUUCUUGGUUCGGGAGCGGGCCGAUGCAAGAAUACCAGCCUCGACCAUGGCCUUCGAGCACACCUUCACAGAGCGGCUCCCCCAGUUCGGAGCCACCCUGGAGCAGAAUGCCGAGAGGUCGGCCAAGAUGGCGGCAUGGUCCAAAGGGAUCCAUGUGGCGGAUCCCGCAGGAACCAUGAAGCAGAUGUUCGAGACAUUCAUCGGCAAGAGGCUGCUGCAGCAUGAGGUGGAUGAGAAGGGCACGAGCCAACAGGAGCAGGCUAAGGAGUCCGACUCCAGCUCAUCGUCCUCCAGUGCCUCAAAGAGGAAGCAGCGGAAGCAAAAGAAGAAGGAGAAGAAGAAGAAGGCCAAGAAGGGAAAGAAGGCCAAGGAUAAGAAAACUCCGAAAGGCAGCGACAAGAAGGACACGGCAGAGUUCAAGGCGCGGCUGAAGCGAGAACGGCAGGUGGGAGAUGCAGAGGCGGCGUUGGACCCAAAGUAUGCCAAGAUCAUCGACCGCUUUCGGCAGAAUGUCAACCCCUUGCUGAAGAAAGCCACCUAG